CAGAGUCCCCAGACACACGGAGCUUGGUGCCUGCCAAAUCUUACUUAGGACUAGGACUGAAGAACCCCCAAUCCAAUUCAGUGCUCCGUCCGCCGUCUUCUCCGUAGAUUCGCCUGAAUCGAUUUGGGUUUGCGUCUCCUCCACAUCGCCGCUCAAGGUUCACAUUGCCAUGUGUUUAAGUGAUGCAUAUCGUGAGGACCUGAUCCUGAUAUCCAGCACAUUCCUGCUUUCUUUGGGUCCAGUUCAUGUCUCAAGUUGACUUCAUAUUUGCUUCUUUCCCUGCCACAUUGCUAUAGGAAAAAAGUGCCUCACAUUUGACACAACUAGCUAUCCAUGUCUGACCAUCAAAGGCACUCUGGCAGCUAUGAACUCCAUGCCACUCAGCCAGACGUGCAAUGCCUAGUUUGCACAAGACCUUUUACUCUGGACACUGAGAUUGCUGAUAGCUUUGAAGCUUUAGCGAUUUGCAGUGAGUGCAAGGUGACUGUGCUUAGUGACAAUUACAGGGAUGAGACUACCAGAGCUAAUCGACAAACAAGACGGUCGGGGCAAAGAUCCAGGGUCACAAGGGAUGAACCCAUGGGGGACGCUUUCGCACAGCAGUUCUCCCAGUUGAUCAACCUAGCUAGACAAGGUCAUGAAGCAGAUGUUGAUUCUCCGGCAGUCCCACAUCAGUAUGCAUCACAUAGUUCUACGCCAAAUCGAUCCCAAAGAUGGCACAGUUCAGAUGAUGAGAGUGAUGGUCUCAAUUACUCUGAUUCUGUGUUUGGUGAACUUGAAUCAAACAUUAGUUUUGGUGACGAUGCUGGGGAAUCAGAUGCUUCUCUUGAGCACCAAACCACAAUGGGAAGGGAUAUUUUCAUUCAACUUGACACUCAGAGCUACAUAAACAUAGAUACAGAUAUUGAUCCCAUGAAUGCUGGACUGGAUCAGUGGGAUUCAGAUGAUCCAGAAGAUGACCAGUCUGAAGAGUCUGAUUUGGAUGAAGCAGGCGACACCAUGCAGGAGCACCGGCAGCGAUGGCUUCAUAUCAACCCAAGUGGAUUGAAUGAGCAGGAAUCCGAAGAUACUGUGUUGACUUGGAGAACAGCUGGAAGCCAAGGAGUAAACAGGACUGAUUUGAGGGCAGACACAGGAGGCUGAGAAAUCAGGAGAGUUUUUAUUGGGAAUCCUGGUGAUUAUGUUGAUGCAAGACAAUUCGAAAUGCUUCUUGAACAGUUUGCUGAGGAUAGCAAUACCACAAGAGGAGCUCCACCUGCAGUGACAUCUUCCGUGGAAAAUCUUCCAUCUGUGGUCAUCUCCACAAGCAAUGAGAUAAAUGGUGGUGUAACAUGUCCAGUCUGCAAAGAUGACAUGCCUAUCCACACUAUAGCAAAACAGCUACCAUGCAUGCAUUUAUACCAUUCAUCAUGCAUCUUGCCAUGGCUUAGUUCUAGAAAUACAUGCCCAGUUUGUCGAUAUGAGCUUCCUACAGAUGACACAGAAUAUGAGAGGUCCAAGCAUGCCACAGCCAACGAGGGAAGCAUCCAUGGGGUGGAGCAUACUCAUCCCCAGGAAACCAUUGAAGAAACUUCUUAUGAACCAGAGGUUGAAGGAAGUUCUAAUACAGUUGGGGGUACAAUGGAAGAGACUAAUACACAUGAACAUGCUGCUUAUUCUGCGCAGCAGCCAAACAGAGCACGUGGCCGCCAUAGAUGGUUGUAUAUUGCAGCAGCUCCAGUUGUAAGUCUUGCCAGUUUAGCUAUAUUACUGUGCUUCACCAACUCUGCUGGCAAUGUUAGAAGGCAACUGUUGUACCGUAGAUCCCAGAGUACAACUACAACACAGCAUGUGGAUACAAGAAGUUGGUGGUCUAUGUUCUAAAUAUCCAGUACAUACCUGUUGACCCAAAUUGCUGUGUGAUGGCAUAUGAUUGUUGCCGGUGUUGUGUCAUUUCUGUGUGAAAAGUUUCAAGUUUAAUUUGAACUUCAAAUUUUGUGUUUGCUGACGAGAUCCACCAAUGUGUUUUUUGUAACCAAAUUCAGGAACAUAUAUUUUUUUUCUUCAUAACUUUGCUCAGUUCAACAAAGCACAUACUGAAUUA